ACCUGUGACACUUGCAGAAUGGGUAUAUGUAGCCUACCACCUGGCUGAGAUUGCAUUUUCUGUUGGUGACUGAAGUAAUGGGAGCGUUUUGGGUCUUGCUUGUGUUGGUGCUGACUGUCUGGUUUACCACAGGCUCUGGUUUGCCAGUUGGUGACACAAAUGAAAUGAGCAGUAAUGGGCUGCAGAGGCAUAUGAGCGAUCUGUCUCCUUAUGACCCCUCCGUAAAGAAGGCCCUUACACUUUACCAUUCACAUGAGUCCGCGUUGCUGCGGAAGUCAAAAGAAGUCCAACUGGAAACUAAUGAAGUGGAAGGUAAGGCAUCUGCUUUCCACUUGAACGUUGUUGAACAUGAGCAGAACGACGGAGGGCCCACCGGCAACAACGGGACCCUGGGCGACGGCGCCACCGGCAACAACGGGACCCUGGGCGACGGCGCCACCGGCAGCAACGGGACCCUGGGCGACGACGCCAGCGGCAGCAACGGGACCCUGGGCGACGACGCCAGCGGCAGCAACGGGACCCUGGGCGACGACGCCAGCGGCAGCAACGGGACCCUGGGCGACGACGCCAGCGGCAGCAACGGGACCCUGGGCGACGACGCCACCGGCAGCAACGGGACCCUGGGCGACGUCGCCACCGGCAGCAACGGGACCCUGGGCGACGUCGCCACCGGCAGCAACGGGACCCUGGGCGACGACGCCACCGGCAGCAACGGGACCCUGGGCGACGUCGCCACCGGCAGCAACGGGACCCUGGGCGACGUCGCCAGCGGCAGCAACGGGACCCUGGGCGACGUCGCCACCGGCAGCAACGGGACCCUGGGCGACGACGCCAGCGGCAGCAACGGGACCCUGGGCGACGACGCCAGCGGCAGCAACGGGACCCUGGGCGACGUCGCCAGCGGCAGCAACGGGACCCUGGGCGACGUCGCCAGCAACGGGACCCUGGGCGACGUCGCCAGCUGCGGAAUCCUGGUCGACCUCCUUGUAUAA